AUGAGUCUCCUAUCACCAUCACAGCGUCCUACCAUCACGUCACCGAAAUUCAUUCCUAACGAGCACAUCCCCGAUUUGCUCUCCUUACUUCCUGUCAAAUCUCUCCUUCGAUUUAGGUGUUUGAGUAAGUCACAUGACUCUCUCAUCUCUGAUCCCAACUUCAUCAAAUUGCACCUUACUCGAUCUGCACAAAAAGAGGACUUCACACUUGUAUCUACCUCUGAUCGCAAUGUUGUAUCCUUCACUGUUUUUCGUUUGCUCGAGAAUCCUCCAAUCAUUAUCGAUCUUCCAGAAGAUCCUUACCACAAACUUACAGAGGACAGCCUCUAUGUCGUUGGUUCCUACAAUGGAUUACUCUGCUUGUAUGGUCAGUUUUUCACCCCUAAUUAUAAUAGUGUGACAUGGCUUCGUUUUUGGAACCCUGCCACAAGGAAAAUAUCUGCAAAAUUAGGGUUCUCUAUUCACAACGGCCUAUAUUUCUAUCCUAAUUUAACGCUUGGCUAUGAUAAAUCAGCCAACACUUAUAAGGUGGUGUAUUUUGUUCCGAAUACAAUAAAUGUCAGUGUUUUCAAUUUGCAGCAUAAUAGUUGGAGAAAUAUUCAAAAUUCUCCUGUGACUCAUGAUUACUCCAUGAAUGCUGUGCAUCUGAGUGGCUGUAUUAGUUGGUUGGCAAUUCGCAAUUACUCUGCUCCUUAUAAUUGCGAGAAUAUUACUGUUCAGCAAUUUGUGAUUAUAUCUAUUGACUUGAGCACUGAGACACAUUCUCAGAUUCUGCCACCUCAAGGUUUCACUGAAGCGCCGAUUGUUGUACCAAAUUUAAGUGUGUUAAACGACUAUCUUUGUUUUUCCCAUGAUUACCAAAAAACUCAUUUUGUAAUAUGGAAAAUGAAGGAAUUAGGAGUUGAAGAUUCUUGGACUCAACUCUUUCAAAUCAGUUACAAUAAUCUUCAAAUAUAUGAUCACUUUAACGGUUUGGAGUUUCGGUUGUUGCCAUUGUGCCUUUCGGAGAAGAGUGAUACACUUUUAUUGACUAACAGUCCUGAAAGCCGAGCAAUUCUAUACAACUGGAGAUAUAAUAGAGCCGAAAGAAUCAACAAACCUUGGUUUAAUGGCAAAAAUUAUGUCGAAAGUUUGGUCUGGUUUCGUUGA